ACCUGGUGUCCGCGCUGCCCCGGGCGGAGUCUCAGCUGUCAUGUUCAUUCUCCGCCGUCCCGCAGCCCCCGCUUCCUCGUGGUCCAGGGCGCUGGGGUUUGGAGCCGUCAGCUGUUCUUGAGGGGGGUCUCCCCUCCCAGACCCUCAGCCUGCCUGCUCGCCGGGGUGUGCCUUUCCAAGUGGGAGCCAGGAUUCCAAGGGCCUUUCCUAUGCUGGAGACUCCACCCCUGCUGUUGGUGGCCUUCUUAUUGUGCCUGUCACUGCUGGGGCUGCUGUUCUUCCUGCGACGCAGUGGCUUGCUUUUCAUCUGCUGGAACGAGUUCGUCUUGCAGCCCAUCUACAGCCUGCUCAUGGGUGACAGCAAGGAGCAGCGCAUCCUGCGCCAUGUGCUGCAGCAUGCAGUGGCCGGGGACCCACAGAGCGUGCUGGAGGCCAUCGACACCUACUGCUCACAGAAGGAGUGGGCCAUGAACGUGGGCGACAAGAAAGGCCAGAUCGUGGACGCAGUGGUGCGGGAGCAGCGCCCCUCCGUGUUGCUGGAGCUGGGGGCUUACUGUGGCUACUCGGCCGUUCGGAUGGGCCGCCUGCUGGCACCCGGCGCCCGCCUGCUCACCAUCGAGCUCAAUCCUGACUACGCUGCCAUCACCCAGCAGAUGCUGGACUUCGCCGGCCUGCAGGACAGGGUAACCGUGAUCGUGGGGGCAUCCCAGGACGUCAUCCCCCAGCUGAAGAAGAAAUAUGACGUGGACACGCUGGACAUGGUCUUCCUGGACCACUGGAAGGACCGGUACCUGCCAGACACGCUCCUCCUGGAGGAGUGCGGCCUGUUACGCAAGGGGACGGUGUUGCUGGCCGACAACGUCAUCUGCCCAGGAACGCCGGAGUUUCUGGCGCACGUGCGUGGGAGCAGCCGCUUUGACUGCACACACUUCUCCUCCUUCCUGGAGUACUCCCAGGCCGUGGAUGGCCUGGAGAAGGCCGUCUACAUGGGCCCGGACAGCUCCGCACGGCCUUGACCUCCUCCCCUGCUCUGGGGCACUCGCCAAGCCUGGUUAGGAAGGUCACGAUGGGCAUUGCUGCCGCCAACCCUGCUUCUGCAGUUCUGGGGUCUGUCCUCAGUGCCACACACUGGAGGCUCUGCACAUGGCUCCAGGCUGUCAAACACCAACCCACCCAGAGCAGCCCGCUCACCAUGCACAAUCCCUGCCAUCAGUCUGGAAAGUUAUCUGCGAAUACCAAGUCAGGGUUAGGUGGUGCCCAUGGCUCACUCACCCCACCAGCAUGCCAGUAGGGUUUCUUACACGGACAGGCCCUGACCCAGCAAAGGGGAAAGUUGGGAACAUCUGGAAACUUGGGCUGUGCACUCACAGUCUGUCCUGGAGCUUGGCAGUCACCAGGUGGCAGCAGUGCCUCAGUGCUGGCACUGUGACCAACAACACAUCGUACCUGAUUCCUUUUUCUUCUCCUUUUUAAGAAGGAAAUGCAACUUCACUAAAACGGGCUGACUUUUAACAAUUUUAUAUAUUGAUAUCAUGACUAAAAGAUACUAAAAUGGUAAUUAAAGAUCUAAAUAUUUCGAUA